AUGUCUCUCCAAACUCCCCGCGUGCUGCCCACUCAUCUCCACGCAUUCAGCGGAAACAAAACGGUUCGCAUCCUCGGCACAGUCAGCGCACUGCAUGGCGAAACGGCGGUGAUUACAUGCGGUAGCCAUGGCGAUGUCACGCUCCUCUUGAAACCGGAUUCGCAUCUGCAGAUGGGCAAGUUGGUUGAGAUUGUGGGCAAAGUGACUACCUUGGAUGGGGGACAGGGACUUGGAAUCAGAGUCUUGGGAACGACGGACUGGGGAAGUCCAUCGAGCUGUGACUACAAAAUUUAUGAAAACGUCGUCGAUGUUACGCACCGAUACAAGGAAAUCUUUUACGGAUCGAACGAGUGA